CACGGAGCGGCCGUCUCCCUGCCUGCCUGCCGCCACCCCGAGCCCCUUCCCAGCUCCAGCCCGUGCGCCCUCCCACUCCCCGAACCGGACUACUUAUGUCCCGACGCGAAUCCGCCACUCUCACGCCAAACGCGCUCCUCGUAUUGCCGGAAGAUAAAAACAAACACAAAGAGAGAAAGAGAGAGAGAGAGAGGGAGAGAGAAGAACAAUUGAGAAGUAGCUUCGACAGGCAGGAGCAGCGGAGCUGUGUCGGAUAAGUUUUUUUUCUUCUUCUUUGCCCCCAGUUUUCGGCCCCUCGGCGGGGCAGGACAGCAAGGGCAGGCCGGGGGUGGGUGGGGGAAGUAGACCGUAGGAUGUGGAUCUGGUACCUUCUGCUUGGUUCGUGGUCAAGCUCAAGAACUGUUGAGAGCCAGCUUCUCCCUGGGAACAACUUCACCACGGAGUGCAACAUCCCUGGAAACUUCAUGUGUGGAGAUGGGAAGUGUGUCCCCGGUGGGUGGCAUUGCGACGGAUUGUCCGACUGCUUUGACAACAGCGACGAGACAGGCUGUCCUAAGGUCAAGUCAACGUGUGCCCCCACAUUCUUCGCCUGCGCUAAUGGCGUCCAUUGCAUCAUCGGACGCUUCCACUGUAACGGCUUCAGCGACUGUCCUGACGGAAGUGACGAGGAAAACUGCACAGGCAACCCGUUGGUGUGCUCGGAGGCUCGCUUCAAGUGUCGAAAUGGCCACUGUGUAGACCGCAGCUUCCUGUGUAACGGCCAGGACAACUGCCAUGACAACAGCGACGAAGAGCUCUGCCUAACGACAGCAGUCAAUCGUCUCCUAUCGGCCCGCUGUCCCCCAGGCUGUCAGAUGAAAGCUCCGGGCCAGGACUUUGUGACACUGGACUACCGCCUGCGCUACUACCCCAGCAUCACCUACGCCGUCAUUGGCAGCGCAGUCAUCUUCGUCCUGGUGGUGGCGCUGCUGGCCCUGGUACUGCACCACCAGAGGAAGCGGAGCGUCCUGCUGCCCAGAGGCGUGAGAGGAAGCUCGCAUCACCACCACCACCACCAGCCGCUGCUGCUCUCCCGUCUGGUCAUUUUGGACCGGGGCCACGUCCACGCCGGAGGUCCUGGUCUUUCCCCCGGCUCGCCCACCGCAGGGGGCCAGUACAGCUCAACUCCUCAAACCCUGCAGCUGCUGUCUGGGACCCUUUAUCCCCCUGGACUCCCCAUGGACUCACCUCCAUCUUACUCACAAGCGGUUCUGGAUGUCAGUCGGCCUCCCUGGUUUGAUCUUCCUCCUCCUCCAUACCUCUCAGAUGGGGAGCUUCCAUCAGAGGGCGAGCUGCCUCGAUACGAGGGCCCACAAGACCCUUCGAGCUACCCUAGAGCACUUCCCUCGCUCCCCUCCACACCCAGAACUGUAGCCUCAGGCACGCAGCUGAGUUUGAGCUCCAGAGAGGAGUCGGACCAGCUUUAGCUUCUCUCUUGUUGGAUUUUUUUUUUAAAUCAGAGAGUGCAGGAUUCAAGGAUCAGGCUGCAGGGCCACAGGGCCAGGGCGGCCCCCAGCAAGCCCUGCUGAGGAGUCAACAAGGACUAAGCACCUGUGUACUAAACAGUGUCCUUACUGCCUGCACGGCUCCCUGAAGCCCUGGACUGAGACGAGCUCCUCCCACUACACUGAUCUUGUAUGUUGGCUCCGCCUGCUGGGCGCAUGGAGGCAUUACAUUUAAAUCAGUUACCGUUCGAUACUUCACAUUUCACGUCCAGUGUUUUCCACAGUGGGGUUUAUAAUGGACUUUUGUUGUGUUCAAUCACAGGAAAUAAUAAUAAUAAUAAUAAAUGUCUAAAAUCUAGAUAAAUUCUAUACUGUUGACGGCUAAAUGUGAUGAUGUGCUGUACAUAUAAAAUGUAGCAAUGACAUGUUGAAGCCUUAUUCUUACUCAAGUUGAUCCACUUUUUAGAGUAAGUCCAAAUGAAGACGGUACAGUCGUGUUGUGUAAUUACUUAUAAUUUCACAGAAAUCGUGCAGCUCUUUAAACGAGAGCAGCUCAAUAACAGGUUCUCAACUGUUUUAAUCUGUUUUUCCGGUGUUGAUGUGAACAGUGAGCUGUUAAUAUGGUGACAGUGAAUAAUAACAUUGUGUAACUUCUUGAGUGGUACUUCAAACUAAACCCAUAUUAUUCAGAAAUAUUUCUCGUCGAGCAGUGGAGUAUUCUUUUUCGAAAAUAUAACAUUUUUGUUUUCAUUUGGUUAAAUUUAAGCUAAAAUGUGAAAAGGACCAUUGAGAUUUCUUGAGAUUAUAUAUAAAUUCAAGCAAAAAAUGUGAAACGGACCAUUAAAAUGUAUUAAAACGAUGUAGUGGAGUAGAUGUGAUACACCGAGUGAGUUGCAUCGUCAUUCCUCUGAGCAGAGAGCGCCCUCUCUUUUCUGGUACUAACUACUACAUUUCUGUUUGAAGACCAAUCAAGUUUUUAUGGAGACACAAAAAAGAAAUGUAAGUUAUGAAAGUUAUUUUGUUGAUGCCUUAUUGUCGGCCAGUUUGGUCUCAUAAUCACUGUGGAUGUGAUUUGUUUGUGGGCACAAAGAGAACCUCUAAAGACAACAACAGCCGGGUAAGAUCACAUGACAACAUACAUUUAAGAAUUUCAUCUCUUAGAUCAGAUUGUUCACAUUUUGUUUGAGAUUUUUUUUUAUGUAUAUAACUGUCAUGUUUGUAAAAUCAUCCUCAGUAGUAUUAGAUAAAGACAUUCAUAUCUGAAGGAUCUGUGUUUUUAUGAUAUCAUCGCCUUUUACUUUUGUUCUCAUUCAUUUCAAAGUGUUCAACACUGUAAAUAGGAGUUAGGGCAAGUAAAGAAAUCUAUUUAAACGUAGAUUGUAAAGUGAGGCGUGUGACAUUUAGUUGUGCUUUGGAUCCAGAGCCAGAAGUAAUAAUGCACAAGAAAACAAUACAACCAAAGAUAAUCAUUAUUAACCUUAGCCCGAGGAUAUGACACUCCAAGGGAAUGAUUACGUAUCAACAACUGUUUGUGCCUUUAUUAUAAUAAAAUGUACAACGUUGUCUUGAGUAAAAUCAGAAUUCAUAUUAUUUGCUGUAGAACUGGAAAGCAUUUCUCAGGACACAGUGUAUGCCGGUCUGUCUCUUCUGUUGUUUGUGUCUCGGUUUUGUUUUCGGGAAUGUUGAAGAUCAAAUUCCCUUUUUUCUGAUUUGAUAUUGAGUUGGCUUUUUACAAACGUGUGUGCCCAUCAUGUUUUUGUUUUUUUCUUCUGAUAUUCUGUAUAUUGAAAGUAAUAUACAAUUCUGACUCAACGUGUAUGUAUUUGUCUCCCUGGAGAACUCGUAUUACAUUUUAUAAAGAACUUCAUAUGUUUA